GCCUGACAGGGUCCGGCCCAGACAGCACCAUGUGCCUGCUCAGGCCCUUGCUGGUCCUCUUGCUCGAAUACUUGGCUUUUUCUGACGCAAGCGCAAGCUUCUGGAAGGUCGAGUCCCCGCCCAUCCUCUACGCCUGGGAGGGGGCCUGCGUCCAGAUUCCCUGCAGCUACUCAAUCCCUGGGAGUGGAAAGUCGCUGACACAGCUGAUCGUGUAUCAAAAUUAUUCGUAUGAUAAAACCCAGAGGGAGUUCCGGGGGUCCAUCCUCUAUAAUAGCACCGUCCUCCCUGGGAGCACAGAGCUUUCUCCUCACUCCGGGAAGGUGAGAUUUCUGGGCAACACCAGAAACGACUGCACCCUCCUCAUCAACUCCGUGAAGGCCCAGGACACCAGUAACCUGGGGCUGAGGAUGUUAACGGAAGGGGACAUGUGGAUGCAUCACCUGCACCUCAACAUCUCCGAAAGAGCUCCCCCACCUCAUAUCCAGCUCCCUCCAGAAAUCCAGGAGCUCCAGGAAGUCACUCUGAUCUGUUCACUGAAUUUUGCCUGUUCUGAGUACCCGAUCCAACUGCAGUGGUCCCUGAAGGAGAGUGGGGGCACCUCGACUUUCCUGAGCACCAACACAGUGUCCAGCCAGAGCAAGCUCACGUUCACGGCUCUGUGGAGUCACCACGGCAGCAACCUGACCUGCAGCCUCCGGGACCAGGCGCAGCAGCUGCUGUCGGAGAAAAUGGUGCAGCUGAACGUGAAGCACAAACCAAAGCUGAAGAUCGAGGUCAGUCCCCAAGAUGCCAUUGUGACCGAGGGGCAGUCGGUGACCAUGACGUGUGAGGUCAUCAGCAGCAACCCAAAGCACCACACCCUAUCCUGGUUCAAGAAUGGGGAGUCACUGGGGAAGCAGGGGUUCACCCUCACGCUGUCCACAGCAACCAGGGACAUGAGUGGGAAGUACCAGUGCGAGGCCAUAAAUGAUUUAGGCCCAGGAAGGUCGGAGGAAGUGGACCUGCAGGUGCACUAUGCUCCAGAACCUUCCAAGGUUGAAAUCCAACCCUCAGCACCUAAGGAGGGAAAUGCAGUCAUUCUGAAUUGUCAAUCACAGGCCAACCCUCCUCCAACAAAUUACACCUGGUAUCACAAUGGUCUUGAAAUGUCGGGGGUGGCCGACACCUUCCAGAUCCCAAGCGUCGGCCUCAGGCACGCUGGGAAGUAUUCCUGCUUGGCAGAAAAUAGUCUUGGUCGUGGACAAGUUGGCCAGGAAGCUGAGCUGGAUGUCCAAUAUCCGCCCAAGUUGGUAACUCUGAUGAUUAAAGACCCCGCACAGAUUCGAGAAGGAGACAACGUGACCCUCUCCUGUCACUACAACUCCAGCAACCCCGGAGUUAACCAGUAUCAGUGGAAACUCGGGGCUUCCCAGAGGGAAUCCCACUCUCAGGUGCUGACAAUCCAGAGAGUUGCCUGGAAUGAGGGGCCAGUCACCUGUGCUGCCUGCAACCAGUGGUGCUCGUGGGCAGGUCUCGUCAACCUGGAUGUCCAGCAUGCCCCCAGAGAUGUCUCCAUUAAGAGCAACUCCAGUUCUGAGGUUCGCUCCGGGCAGCCGGUCUUCCUGAGCUGUGACUUCUCAAGUAGCCGCCCCACAGACGUCCACUUCUUCUGGAAGAAAAACGGGAUCCUUCUGAAGAAAGAAAAACAACUGCGCUUCAACUCCAUCACUCCAGAAGAUGCUGGAAGUUACCACUGCCUGGUCAACAAUUCCAUAGGACAGACCCUGUCCGAGGCCUGGGAGCUCCGAGUGCUGUAUGCACCCCGGAGGCUACGUGUGUCCAUCAGCCCACAGGAUGGGGUGGUCGAGGGGAAGGAGGCCAUCCUGACGUGUGAGAGCGAUGCCAACCCGCCCGUCUCCCAUUAUGACUGGUUUCACUGGAACGACCACAAACCCCAGCAGUCUAAGCAGAUGCUGAGACUGGACUCUGCCAGCAUCCAGGACGCGGGGGCCUACUGGUGCCAGGGGGUCAACUGGCUGGGCAAGGGCCAGUCACCCCCCAGCAUCCUGACUGUCUACUAUAGCCCAGAGACCAUCGGGAAGCGCACGAUCAUGGGAGUGGGGCUCUGCCUGGUAGUGGCCAUCCUGGUGAUGUGGGGUGUGAAGCUGCAGAGAAGGUGCAAGAGGAUUCAGAGCCAGCAGGGGCUUCAGGAAAACUCCAGCGGGCAGAGCUUCUUUGUGAGGAAUCAGAAGGUUAGAAGGACCCCCUGUGAUGAAGGCCGCCAUUCUCUGGGCUGCUACAACCCGGUGAUGGAAGACGCCAUCAGCUAUGCUAUGCUGCGCUUUCCCGACACGCAGAGGACUGGAAAUACAGGGGCCUCAGAGUCGCAGGGACCCUCCCCAGCCUGGGAGGACACGGUCACCUACUCCGUGGUGCAGAGGCAUCCAGUGGCUAAAGCACAGGGCGACUAUGAGAACGUGACUCCAGAUACUCCAGAAGAGGAGGGGAUCCAUUACUCAGAACUGAUUCAUUUUGGCACCGGGGAGCGGUCUCCGGCGCUGGAGAGCGUGGAAUACGUGACCCUCAAGCACUGAUGAUACAAACCUGCUGAACUGGAGGUGCCCAGGGCGGAGGGACCAAGCAGUCCUGGAGCUUUCCCAGCCCCUGCUGCUCAGCCACUGUUUUGCAGUCCCCCCGACAUGUGCGCCCAGUUAUCACAGCCCCAUCCACACAGAGCACUUCGGGGCCAGCCCAGAGAUAGGCUUCCUUCUCAGCACCGGUGACCCCGAUGUCCAGAAGGCCCCUCCCUUGUCAUUUUCCACUCUCCUCCCACCCAGAAACUCUAAGCACCUGCCCUGCGUUGUACAGCAACUCCAGCCACCUGCUGCAGCCCACCGCUGCCAGCCCUACCCCCAGCUGGCCAAGUCCUCCUGGGAUUGACUUGUGGCUUUUCCCCCUUCCCACCGACCCCCUUACUGACUGCUCUGAUACCCCACUCACUACUCGUUUGCCCAGUCUCUGCCUCUGCGGCCAAGCCCAGGGAAAGGAACAGAAAUGAGGCAGGAAGACGCACUGUCGGCGCUGGCUUCUCUGUGUGCCAGCGAGGCACCCCCAGGAAGGCUUCCCCAGAGGAAGGGGAAGCUACUGCAGCCCCGCAGCCAUUGGGGUCCUGUGGUCUGAGGGUGCAGGCCAGCAGGUGACAAACAGAGAGCUGUACAAUAAAGGUGGUUCAGGCACCACU